AAAUUGCUGCUGCUGUUUCUGCUACGUUUGGGGGUGGGAUCAUCGCAGGGACUAGCUAGUCCUACAGGGUAAGUCCAAAAACAAUAUUACUAUCUGUUCUUAAAUAACUACGGGAGUCUGAUCCUAAGAUUAGCUUGCUUUUCGUAAAAAUGUUCGCAGCUCGAAUUAUACCUGUUCUAUCAUAUUCAACAACAUGUUAAAAAGUGAAAAGCAUGCCAAAUUUGAUUCAAUGUUAGUCACAAUUUGGAAUGCAAAUGUCUGCGACAGAAAGAGAAAACAAAUUAUUGCAAAUCUCCUCACGUGCAUAACGAAUUUCAAUAACAAAUAUAUUUCUUAGACUAACAAUAUAGAAACUAAUGUAUUUUACCAUCGUUGUGGCGAUAGUAACUAUAUUUUGUUGGCACCUGCGAACAUCUAUUCGGGCCGUCCAUAUGGAGUUGUGGUGAGCACGUUCAAUUACAGAUUGCGUAGCAUUUAUGAGGUUGUCAUAUCCGGCCCCAGCAUCAAUGUGAGCAUGCAAUUGCUUACAACUGGUAACUUUCCGUCCAGCAAGUAUACAUUUGAUAUUCCCGAAUUGGAGGAAGGUCUUUAUUGGCUGAAGAUAAAGUCUCUCCGAGGAUUAGAGGUUGAUAACUCGACGCAAUUGACAUGGCGUAACUUUAAAGACUUUAUUAAAAUACAAACGCCCAAGCUGCUUUACCGACCGGGAGAAUUGCUGCAGUUUCGUGUCUUCUUCCACAAUGAGACAAUGAAGCCAGUGAAGCCACGGUCCAAGGCGGCGGUAUGGAUUGAGGACGCCAAGGGGAUUCAUGUUAAAGUGUACAACAGUUUGACGGUCGUAAAAGGCGUAUUUCAAUCGGAGCUACGUCUGAGCCUACAACCAAAUCUCGGCGGCUGGCGCAUCUGCGCUCAGAAUGGAGUUCGUUCCAAUGAGGAAUGCGCUUAUAUACAGGUUUCUAAUUAUGAAUUACCGUAUUUUGAAUUAAAUGUGACUGCGCCAGCCGACGUUAACAUAACAGACCAAAAGUUCGACGUAGUUGUAUGGGCAACACAUAUUUCUGCUGGUCCCAUCGAGGGCAACCUAACGCUUCAAAUUGAAAGCUACACUGAAGGCGAGGUCGAGCACAUUCCGCAAUUCGUUACGCUAGAAAGUGAACUUCAAAACGGCAAGGCUACGAUCGAUGUGAAACUAGCGCAGUUCCAAAUAAAGAAACUUGUUUAUAUACCUCUUCUACUCAGACUAACCGCAAAUGUUUCUGAGAAAUAUACCCAUAAGAAAGUUAUUUCCACCACGUGGGUAACCGUGUGGGAUCCAAAAUCAAAAGCAAUACCGCCCAUUAAACUUGUGCCCGGAAGCCGUGCCAAAAAACGUGUAAAUUUAAUACAAAUAGAGAAAUUUGGUACACCAUUAAAAACUCCGGAGAAGGUCAUGUUUAAGCUCAACCUUACGCUCACAAAUGCCGUUUGUGUAGUCAUAUUUAACGGUAUUAUAUUGGGAUCGGAAGUAGUCUAUCCGGAUCAAUCGACUAACGAAUUUGAGAUCUUGAUACAAUUGACUACGAAAAUGUGGCCGCUUGUGCAUGUUGUUCUGUACAGCAUGGGAUCUGAUUCAAAUGUUUUAGUGAUGGCUCGGACAACUAUUACACCGACUCGACCUGACCACGAACAUGUUGUCAUCGAAGCACCUACUGAAGUCUCGGCUGGCGAUGAGAUAACCUUGCGUAUAAAGUCAGCACCCGAUUCCUAUGUGGGACUUGCUGCUGUGGAUAUACGCGUUCUUUACCUCGGAGGGAACUUUUUUAAUGAUAUCUCCCACAACUAUUUUGAUACUAUUAAAUCCUUUAUACAAACGUCGGCAUCUGAUAUGAUACACACCGAAAAUCAUGCGGUCCAGAAGUCGGGCUUAAUUUUUUUGACCAAUGCAGCCAGCAUUUUAGACUUGACGAAAGAUCCUAAGAUUUCGCGACAAAAUCCAAGGGAACGCUUUUCUCGUGACAAAGUAACUAUGCGGAACGAACUGUACGACUUCGAUGAUAGACAAAUGGAAGAUAAUGCGUGCUGCGAAGUACCAAUUGUCAGAGAAGAAUAUAACGAUGUGUGGAUAUUCAACAGCACACAGAGUACAAUAGGUGACUGGACAACUUGGAAGGUGCGUGUUCCCGAUGGCAUUACUAAUUGGAGGCUGAGCGCCUUUUGUGUAGACUCUAAUGUAGGACUAACAAUGCCAAUGUCCGAACCUUAUAUAAAUAUAAAGAGCAAAAAGCUCCUGUUCAUGUCUUUAAGUGUGCCCUAUAGCAUACAAAUUGACGAAGUCCUGCAAUUAGUUGUGUACUGCUAUAAUAAUUAUGAGGAGAAACUUAAAGUAAGCUUUGAAAUUAUGCAAGAUGAUAAGCACUAUCAGGUGCUUGAUAACGAUGGAAAACCCCUGACUGAAGGGGCAAAGCAGAGAGUGACUAUAUCGAGUAAUAUGACUGGAGAAGUAAAGUUCAAUCUACGCGCCCGUCAGCCCGGCACAAUAAAUGUGACUAUUACAAGCAUGUCUGACAUUGGAACGGAUAGCAUAGUUCGUAAGAUCAAAGUACGACAGGAUCCUCAACUGUUAUCAGCACAGGUAAUGACCUAUCAUAAACUGUCAUUGCGUGAACCAAAAGCGGAAGGCACACUGGAAUUUUCGCACCAACCAACUGCCGAAGGCAUCAAGUGUUUUGUGAGUAGUCAAUCGAUUGCUGUAAUGCCGCAAACCGUGAACCUCUUCGAUCCGACGGAUAAUGGCGAACAAUUGAUCAGCAAACUGAUGUCUAUCUAUUAUUUGUGGAAAUAUUUUUUUGACGAUAAAACGCUGUCUCAAAGCUAUAGACAGUUUUUGGAGGAUCUGCUGACGGAUGGUUUUCAGUCGUUGAUGCGUCUACGCAGACGUGAUGGAGGAUAUCGCUACAUUUUUGGAAUCCAACCUGAUUGCAGUUCAACCUGGUUAACUGCAUUUGCCGUGCAAUUGUUUUAUUUGCUACAGAGUUCCCCAAUUUCGUUUGAAACUCGUCUGUUAAUGCAAUCUGAGAAAUUUCUGCUUCGCCGUAAAGGCGACGCGGGACAAUUCGAGGAGCUCUGCAUAACGCCAGGCCGGCGAAAUAUCCAACCAUUAGAGCUGAACAUUGAGAUACUUAAGGUUUUGCGAUUUUCGAAUAGUUUGUUAAAUUUCCAAAAUGCCUUAGACUGGGUUAAUGCGCAAAUGGAAGCCGAACCAGACUACUAUAUGCAGGCCAAGCGCGGACUUAACAUAACCGAAUGGAUACAACCGAAAAUUGCGACAAAUGCCAGCUGGAUAGAAGACCGCCGUGAACUAGAAACAGCUGGCCGCAUAUUAUUAGCUAACUUGCGUCGUAAUCGUGUAGAACAACAGUCAGAUAUCUUCAGCUGGCUGUUGGGUCAACUCUUCCGUAAGGCCAAAUACGAAAACUGCUAUGAGUGCUCUGUGGCUCAGCAGGCCCUCUACGAUUAUAUUCAGACACAGCCAAUAGAAAUACCAAAAUUAAGCGUGCUGAUUUGGGAAGACCCAAAUAAAAAACUGAAGAUCAAUAUCAAUGACCAAAAUCAAUGGCAGGAGAAUCUAAUGCCGCUCAAGACACAAAGCAAUAACAUUAGCUUUAGAGCACAAGGCACAGGACAAUUAUUUUUACGCUGCGCUUAUGACUAUAAGCUGGACAAUCGGGAUGUGCAGAACCCAAAAGCUUUGCGUUAUUAUCUAUCUGUGCGUGUUAGUAGAGAAGAUAAGAUCAAAGUUCGAUUUUGUGUGCAACGCUUCAAUCGGGAGCGUCAAGACUUCGUGGGCAGUAAUUUGGAGUUGCAGCUACCCUCAGGCUAUGUGAUGGACCAAGAGUAUUUAGCUCGAAAUAUGUCGUCCAACGAUUUUCAAUUCAUCGUAUUGGAUGAGUAUACUAAACUCUUUGUGAUUCUGAAGAAACUCGCAGUUGGAAAGUUAAUUUGCUUUUCAGUGUUUACUAGCCUUUACCACAAGAUAGAAAAUCUGCAAAGCGGAAGGCUGACUGCGUACGAUAUCAAUUUGUGGGAAAAGCGUGAAGUGCUCGCCUACGAAUUAUCUCGUACUGGUUUAUUUUCCAAUAGCGCUAAUAAUCAUAACAACAGUAAUAUUAAUAAACGAGUGAAGAUUUUAAAUUAAUUAGGUUGCCUUCUC